CUACAGUCGAAGGAGUGAAACGUGAACUCUUAAGCAAGAGUCUCAUCCCUGAAGCUCAUCAUGGCACAUCCCACAAUGCACCUGCUGCUGCUCAGCCUCCUCAUCGCCACUGCUGCUGGGAAAGGCCUGGAGAAGGGACCACUGGAGAACAAGGUUCUAGACGUACCAGAGGGGACACCUGUACCCUACGCCCUGUACCAGUUCCAAGCGUCCCACCUCGAGGUUGAUGGGUUCAGAUUGACAGGAGAGACUGAAGGAAAGAUCAGCGUCUCAGAGGACGGUUGGCUCUACCUGGAACAGACCCUGGACUGGGCCCACACACAGACACAUACUCUGGAGCUGGAGGCCUUAGUGGGUUCAGAACCAGUAGAAGGUCCAGUCAGCAUCACCAUCAACGUGGUGGAUGUCAACAACCACGCCCCCUCCUUCAACCAGACUGACUACAUCAGCAUCGUCAAGGAACGUACCCCCGCAGGUGUUCCAUUUGCGCGUGUGUUUGCUACUGACCUGGACGACCCAGAGUCUCCCAACGCCCAUCUGAGUUACACCCUGGUCUCCCAGAUCCCCAACAGAGACAACACCCUGUUCUUCCAGAUCAACAGCAACACAGGAGAGAUUUCUACUACUGCCGAGGGAGAGCGUCUGCUGAAGGCCAGAGAAAGUGUUAUUCAUUCCAGAGGAGGGGACUUCAGUGAUUCUCUGAAGAAGAGGUUUGAUGACUACUGCACCCCGACACAGGACAUCCCUUAUGAACGCAACCCCUUCUACAGCUGUGUUCAGAGAGCAGAGUCUCGGAGGCUGAACCCUCUGGAAGACCCAGACUUCACGCUGAUUGUUCGUGUGGAGGACAUGGGCGGGGAGUCGGUGAACGCUCUCAACGGUAACGCGAGGGUUAAAAUUGUCGUGCAGGAGAACCUGUGGGUCAAUCCUGGACCGAUCAACCUCAGAGAACAGUUGAAAGGGAUAUACCCCAUGCCCAUCGGGAAGGUCCAGUCUAAUGAUCCCAGUGCCUUCUACAGGCUGGUACAGAAAGAACGGGAGCUGACGUUCCCCUUCAAUGUCACGGAGGAUGGAGACAUUCUGCUGACUGAGGAGCUGGACAGAGAGGAUAAGGCCAUGUACAUCCUGGUGGUGUUUGCUGAGGAUAGCUACGGUAACCAGGUCGAACCUCCCCUGGAGGUGCAGGUGGUGGUGGACGAUGUGAAUGAUAACGCUCCAAUCUGUGAGGAGGAACUCAGUGUGUUUGAAGUGCAGGAGAACGAACCCACAGGCAGCCCGGUUGGACAUCUGAUGGUGCAUGAUGCUGAUGAUGACAACACACCCAACGCACUGCUCUCCUAUUCGCUGGUGUCCCAAACCCCUUCCUCCGUCUUUACCAUCGAUGGCAUCAGCGGCCGCAUCCAGGCCAAGCAGAUGCUCCAACGCAGAGACGCAACAGAGUACCACCUCACUGUCAGAGUAAACGACCCAGGUUUCAGCACAGAAUGUAAGGUCCUCAUCAAGGUUAUCGACAUCAACAAUGAGCUGCCCAUCUUCGAGAUGAAUGACUAUGGUAGUCACAACCUGUCUGAAGACACAGCUCUAGGCCACACCCUCCUGACAGUGAAAGCCACAGACGCUGACGACCCUGGAACAGGAAGCUCCCGCAUCGAGUUCCACAUAACCGCUGGCAACGAAGACGGAGUUUUCGCCAUGGAGACAGAUGACAAUGGGGAGGGCAGGCUUGUUGUUGCUAAGCCUCUGAACUAUGAGACUGCUUCCUCCUAUAAGCUACAGAUUGAUGCUCGUAACCCAGAGCCGCUGGUGAGCGGUCUCGAGUACAGCGCUGAGUCGUCCGCCGUGGUCUAUGUGGCGAUCAGUGACGUUGAUGAGGCUCCAGUGUUUGACAUGGACAUUCUGGAUGUCACGGUGCCAGAGGACACCAAGGAGGGAGCUACGCUGCUCAAAAUAGAUGCCAAGGACCCAGAGGGCAAAGAGAUACUGUUCAAGAUGGAGGGAGACACUAAGGGUUGGUUGGAGAUUGAUCCUGCUACUGGAGAGAUAAAGAUAAAGAAUAAAGCUGUGCUGGACAGAGAGGCGGUGGAGGCCUUCCACUUUACUGUUGUCGCCUUCGAGAAAGCCAAUCCAGAGCUGUCCUCAGAGCGUGAGGUGUCUGUGAGGCUGCUGGAUGUGAAUGACAAUGUCCCCAAGCUGACAGAGAACCAGGCCUUCAUCUGUGUGAAGAAGCCCCAGCCUAUAGUCCUGACGGCCCUGGACGCAGACGCAGAUCCCUUCGGAGCACCUUUCACAUUCAGCCUGGCCCAGGGCAAGAAGUCCCCCAACUGGGACCUAAGCGCUGUGGACGGUACGUCUGCUAAACUGACCCUGAAGAAAUCUCCCAGCGAGGACAAAACCUUCCUAAUCCCCAUCAACAUCAAAGACAACGCUGGCAUGGGCAUCACACAGAAGUUUGAGGUGCGAGUGUGUAACUGUACAGAGCUGGGAUACUGUUUCACCGAGCCAGGCGUUCAUGCAGGGGUGUUAGGAAUGCCCACCACCAUCGGAAUCCUGGCUGGAACUGUCGGAUUCAUCGCCCUGGUCCUGAUUAUCGCUUUCCAUCGUAUAAAAAAGGACAACCAGAAGAAAUCCGUGCUGGGAGAAACGGACGCCAUUCUCUAGAAACACAUGAGAUAGCAUGUGAUUGUUUAAUUGUUAUAUUUCUGAAGAACAGAUCUACUUUGAUUGGUUGUAUGCAUAUGUUAUAAAUACUACCUGGUCUUGUCAUAAUCAUGCACUCACGCAGCUCAAUAACUUAUUUCCCCUGUCAGUGAAUUUUGUCUGUAUUUAGAAUGUAGACUGUCCAUUCUCAGCUAGUGUGUCUUGACUGGCUGUGCACUGUGUGAUGGUUCAAACACUCCAUUUCAAGCUGCUUGCUGUAAUUGUGUAGACUGUUGCUUAGAGACUUUAGUUCACUGUUUGCCUCUGACUGUUAUUUGUGGUUGAUACUGUCUUUAUACUGAUACUCCAUGAUGUUUUUUGUUGAGGCCUGAUAUUAGUGAAGAUGCUAGCUAGCCGAGGGUUAAAUUAGGACGGUUCCACCACUUUAGAAUGGGAGAAAGACGGCAUACAGUAAAGAGUAGAAAUGACCAUGGAAAAACAACCUGUUGGAGACAGUUCCAACACCUAAACAUCCCUCAGUUUAACCCUUGGUGUUAACUGUUUGACAAGCCCAGUGUAAAUGAGUGCCUGGUGAAUGUCUGAGUGUGUACCAAGGUUAUUAUAGAUUUGUGAUUUUCUAUUCAAUUUUAUUUCUAUUACUUUUUAGAUUUUAUUUGAAAUUCAGUUGAGUUUCCAUUCGGUUUCAGACUUGAUUUACUAGUUUUUAUUCUGUUUCAGUAGGAUAAAAAACAUUUUGUUUUUAUAUUAUUCAGUUGUAGUUUCAGUUUGAGUUGUAGUUUUUUGUGUUAGGGACAGAAAGUAGCCUCAAGUGUCCUUAUGCUAGGGGCCAUGUAUGUGUUGUAGGACUAUAGGAGAUACACACACAUUUCCUAGGUGGAAAAAGUCCUGAUGGAUAUUUUCAUUUAUCAGCGUAGUAACAAACCCCCACCUCGCAAUCCAUGCCACACCAAACUGUUGAAACCGUUCAUACCCUUCUUGUUGGUAGAGAGAAUCAUUUGUUGUUUUAAUGCUCAUUGUCGGCAAUUCUACAUAUUAUCCACAUCUUAUGCGUGUUCAUAUGAUACCGGGAGUCGAAUCCUCAGCGAAUUACAAAAAUAAAACAAUAGCUAUCUCCCA